AAGAAAAAAAAACAUCACAAAUCACAGCCUAAGAUGGACGGUAGGACCUGCCGGAGGGCGACUGCUUGCCAACUAACGAACAACGAAAGUCAGCCACCAAAUACAAACUACUAAGAAAAAAGGAAUCUCAGACUCGUCGGAAAUGAGCGAAGAAGAACCUCCCAAGCUCUACGCCAACAAACCCAAGAAAGCCCAGGUCAAACAAUUUCAAGAACAGCAUAAAGUCAGAGACGCUUCUUCUUCACCGGCGCCACCAGCAUCGUCGAAUAUGGCAUCCGCAUCCGCAUCCGCAUCCGCGUCUUCUUAUCCUUCACCGCCGCAGCCUCCGAAGGAAUCAUUUGCAAGGCGAUAUAAGUUCUUAUGGCCCAUGCUUUUGACUGUCAACCUUGCUGUUGGAGCUUAUCUAUUUAUGAGGACAAAGAAGCAAGAUGAACAUGUAGCAGACGAAGAUGCUGCCCCGGAUUCAGCUACCAAGAUUGCUCCUCCUGUUGUCGAGGAAUCUUUUACCGGACCAGCCAUUGUGGAGCCUGUGAAGGUAAGAGAACCAAUUCCGGUAGACCAGCAGCGUGAACUUUUCAAGUGGAUUUUGGAAGAGAAGCGCAAGAUAAAGCCAAAGGAUCGUGAAGAGAAGAAACGCAUCGAUGAGGAGAAGGCAAUUCUCAAACAGUUCAUCCGAGCAAAAUCCAUUCCUAACAUUUAAAACUUUCCAAAUGUAGCAAGCAAAAACAUAUUGACUAUUUUAACAUUGCUGAUGGAAUCUGAAUGUUGAUGGUUUCUAUGGUCCUAAAACGGUUUUGUAUAUUUCAAAUCCUCCCACCCCCACCCAACAUGCUAGUCGACGGGAUGAACAUGAUUUUGUCCAGAAAACCAGCGAUGAAAUUUGUUAGGCCUACAGAACAUACCUUUCACUGUUGAGGAAAGGAAUAUCUAGCCUUUUUUGGUGUUUGUUUA